AAAAGGAAAAAUUAACGGCUCGUCGGUCCUCCACGAAAAGUCGAAAACCAAGUCCAGCAGACGGACGCGAACUGAGAAAAAUCUCACGUGACGACGACGGACGCGGCGGCGAUGGCGUGCCGCGCACUUGCCCUCCGCUUCCUGCUCCUCCCGGACCCGCUACACCGCCUCCCGGCCACGCCGCCAUCUGUUGGGAGGGCAUCCGGCUCCCGCGGUGGUCGCCGUCCGCACCUCCGCUGCAGCUCCGGCGGCGGGGGUGGGGAGCCCGGGCAGCCGCCGCAAGAAGCUGUGCUCGAGGCCAUAUCCAAGAUAGCAAGGUCUAAAGGAAGGGUUGCACUCACAACAAAUGUGGUCAUGGGUGGUACUGUGAUGGACGAUGCAAGUGAUGAAUGGCUUGCUCUGGAUCAGAAGGUAAAUUCCUACCCCACAGAUAGAGGUUUUACAGCAAUUGGCAUUGGAGGUGAUGAUUUUGUCCAGUCGAUGGUAGUUGCUGUUGAAUCUGUUCUUCAAGAAUCCAUUCCCAAGGGCCGAGUAUCUCAGAAACUAUCUUCAGGAGGAAAAUAUGUUUCUGUAAAAAUUGGGCCAAUUCGUGUUGUUUCAAGUGAGCAGGUCCAAGCUGUAUAUCGUGCCAUGAGAAGAGAUAACAGAAUGAAAUACUUCUUAUGAAGUGCAAUUGCAUGUCCUGCACGUUCCCUGGUCCAUUCCAUCAUGUAAACAAAAGGAGUCCAACAGUACAUUUUCGCCACAUUUUGCUGGACUGGACUGGACUGGACCCCCGAUGAAUUGCAAAAGGAAAAUGGGAAGACUUUUAUGUGCCAUUCAUGCCCUGAUGGAAGCUUCUCAAAUAACCUGCUACAGGCAAUUUGGUGGGAUCGGUUAUGUUAUGUAGUGCUUGUGUAGUACAGUGGGCGUAUAUAGCUACUAUAUAUGCUAAAGUUGUAUUUUAGUGUCUCAUAUUAGAUGCAUUUUAAUAUUUUAUAAACCAUAUGAAACUAGCGGUAUAAGUGUUCCUAAUU